CGAGAGCGAGAGAGUGUGUGUGUUGUGUCGCGCCAUGAUGAAGAGGCUGGUGGUCCUGAGGAGGCGGGAGCCGGCGGUGAGGUUCAGCUGCUGCGGCGUGAGGUACGGCGAGUGCUGCCGGAACCACGCGGCGAGCACGGGGGGGCACGCCGUCGACGGGUGCCGGGAGUUCAUCGCCGCCGCGGCGGCGGCGGCGCCGGCAGCCGAGGGGGCGGUGGGCACUGCGGCGGCGCUCAAGUGCGCUGCCUGCGGCUGCCACCGCAGCUUCCACCGCAGGGUGCAGGUCUACGAGGUCGCCUGGGACGACGACUGCGCCUCCGACACCUCCUCGUCGUCGUCGAGCAGCGACUAGCAACACCUGCAAUGGCGGCGAGGGCGAGCUCAUCGUCCCUAGCUUUCUCCUCCGUCUCCGGCCGGCCAGUGCAUGCAGCAGCAUCAUGCCUAGCUAGGACAUGAUCAGACCUCGCGAUUGUUAAUUAAUUAAUUAAUUAGCUUUGUGUAAUCUGUAUACCCCAUGGAUUGAUUGACCCUAUUAUUCCCAAGCGAUUAUUGCUCAU